AUGUCGAGCUCCGAGAUUAAUCAGGUGCUCGCCAACUCGCUGUCUCCUGACGCGAACCUGCGAAAUGCCGCCGAGCAGCAACUGACCCAGGCUGCUGAGGGCAACUUUCCCUUGUACCUCGCCACCCUCGUCCAGGAGCUUGCAAACGACCAAGCCGACGGCUCUAUCCGAACCGCCGCCGGUCUUGCCCUCAAGAACGCCUUCACAGCCCGUGACGCCGCCCGUCACCAGGAGCUUCAGUCGAAAUGGCUCCAGCAGACGGACGAUGACACCAAGAACACGGUCAAGCAGCUGACCCUGCAGACCCUGUCCUCGAGCAAUGCCCAGGCUGGUGCCGCCGCCGCCCAGGUCGUCUCGUCCAUCGCCACCAUCGAGCUCCCCCGCAACCAGUGGCCCGACCUGCUGCCCUUCCUCGUCAAGAACGUCAGCGAGGGUGCCGCUCACCAGAAGCAGGCUUCGCUGACCACCAUCGGCUACAUCUGCGAGACCCCCGACGCCGAGCUGCGCAUGGCCCUCGUCGCCCACUCCAACGCCAUCCUCACCGCCGUCGUCCAGGGCGCCCGCAAGGAGGAGACCAACGUCGAGGUCCGCCUCGCCGCCAUCACCGCCCUCGGCGACUCGCUCGAGUUCGUCGGCAACAACUUCAAGCACGAGGGCGAGCGCAACUACAUCAUGCAGGUCGUCUGCGAGGCCACCCAGGCUGACGACUCGCGCAUCCAGCAGGGCGCCUACGGCUGCCUCAACCGCAUCAUGAACCUCUACUACGAGAACAUGCGCUUCUACAUGGAGAAGGCCCUCUUCGGCCUCACCAUACUCGGCAUGAAGUCGGAGGACGAGGACGUCGCCAAGCUGGCCGUCGAGUUCUGGAGCACCGUCUGCGAGGAGGAGAUCACCAUCGAGGACGACAACGCCACCGUCGAGAGCUCCGACCAGAUGCGUCCGUUCUACAACUUUGCCCGCGUCGCCGCCAGCGAGGUCGUGCCCGUCCUCCUCAUGCUCCUGACCAAGCAGGACGAGGACGCCACCGACGACGAGUACAACAUCUCCCGGGCCGCCUACCAGUGCCUGCAGCUCUACGCCCAGGCCGUCGGUGCCACCAUCAUCACCCCCGUCCUCGCCUUCGUCGAGGCCAACCUCCGCUCCGAGGACUGGCAUCACCGCGACGCGGCCGUGUCCGCCUUCGGCGCCAUCAUGGAGGGCCACGAGGAGAAGUACCUCGACCCCAUCGUCAAGCAGGCCCUGCCCAUCCUCAUCUCCAUGAUGGACGACCAGUCCCUCCACGUCCGUGACUCGACCGCCUACGCGCUCGGCCGCGUCACCGAGGCCUGCUCCGAGGCCAUCGACCCCGACCAGCACCUGCCCACCCUCAUCGAGUCCCUGUUCAAGGGCCUCCUCAGCAGCGCCAAGAUGGCUCCCUCGUGCUGCUGGGCGCUCAUGAACCUGGCCGAGCGCUUCGCCGGCGAGUACGGCGCAGCCACCAACGCCAUCACCCCUCACUUCAACAACGCCGUCACCACCCUGCUCGACGUCACGGCCCGCCAGGACGCCGAGACGUCGGUCCGCACGGCCUCGUACGAGGUGCUCAACGUCUUCGUCCAGAACGCCGCCACCGAGAGCCUGCAUCCCGUCGCCACCCUGUCCGACGUCAUCAUCAAGCGCCUCGAGGAGACGGUGCCGCUGCAGUCCCAGGUCGUCAGCGUCGAGGAUAGGAUCACCCUCGAGGAGAUGCAGAACAGCCUCUGCACCGUCCUGCAGGGCAUCGUCACCCGCCUCGACAAGGACAUCGCCCCCCAGGGCGACCGCAUCAUGCAGACCCUCCUCCAGAUCCUCAGCUCCGUCGGCGGCAAGUCGAGCGUCCCCGAGGCCGUCUUCGCCACCAUCAGCGCCCUCGCCAACGCGACCGAGGACGACUUCGUCAAGUACAUGGACGCCUUCUCGCCCUUUCUCUACAAUGCCCUCGGUAACCAGGAGGAGCCCGGCCUGUGCUCCAUGGCCAUCGGUCUCGUCAGCGACAUUACGAGGUCCAUCGGCGAGAGGAGUGCACCUUACUGCGACACGUUUAUGAAUCACCUGCUCAACAACCUGAGGUCCCCCGCUCUCUCCAACCAGUUCAAGCCUGCCAUCCUGCAGUGCUUCGGUGACAUUGCUGGCGCCAUCGGCGGUCACUUUGAGACGUACCUGUCGGUCGUCGCCCAGGUUCUCGAGCAGGCGUCGACGGUCACGGCUUCGCCCGAGGGCCCUUACGAGAUGUACGACUACGUCAUCUCGCUUCGUGAGGGUAUCAUGGACGCCUGGGGUGGAAUCAUCGGUGCCAUGAAGACCAGCUCCAAGACCCAAGCCCUCCAGCAGUACGUGCCGUCCAUCUUCCAGCUCCUCGGUCUCAUCGCCGGCGACAUGAACCGCAGCGAGCCGCUCAUGCGUGCCUCCAUGGGUGUCAUUGGUGAUCUGGCCGAUGCCUACCCCAACGGCGAGCUCGUCGAUGCCUUCCGCCAGGACUGGGUGACUGCCAUGAUCAAGGAGACCAAGACCAACCGUGACUUCACGUCCCGGACGACGGAGACGGCCCGAUGGGCUCGUGAGCAGGUCAAGCGUCAGCUUGGCGGUGUGCAGAAUGUCAUGUCUUAG